AUGAAGCUUAGCGCCAUUCUCUCUCUUCUCUGCAUCGCUGCCGCCCCGGUCAUGGCGGCAGACGAUGUCACCUCCGUUGCGACAACGACUAUUACCAAGACCUUGGUCCGCGUCAACUCCGUCACCGCGACACCCAGCUCGACUAUGGUAACCACCUCAGCGACUUCCACUCCUCUGGUCACCUCCUCUGCAACCAAGGCUGCCGCCUCCGCCUCCGCCACCAAGACUGGCGGUGCCGUCGCGGUCGGUGCUGGCAUGCCGGCUGCCCUGGUCGCGGGAUCGUUCGCGCUGAUUGUGGGCGCGGCCCUGUAA